AUGCAGCAGCAGCAGCAGCAGCAGCAGCAGAAUACGCGUGCAUUUCGCGAUCAGUUUGACCUACCUAGAUUGUCGUUUGGUGUAUUUCCCCGACUAAGAUACACCUCAUGUAAGUGUCUGUCUACGUGUAACAUCGAAACUCGAAUUCAGCUUCCACUUCCCCUCGAGGAGCCAGAAAGAAAACAAAAGAUGGCAAAAGGUACCGUCAACUGGGACAGUCAAGAGACCUGGCAGCGAAUCGUUGCCGCCAUCAUCGCCACAGGCGUCAAGCAAGUCGCCAUCCACUUCGGCACAACCUACGACACCAUCCAGCACCGCUUCCGAACAAUCAAAAUAGAAGCCAUAGUGCUCAAAGAAGAGGUCGAGCGAGAAGAAGACGAAGAGGAACAACAACAGCAGCAGCAGCAACAGUACUACUGCUACUCCGAAGAGUACGCCGAAGAAAGAUACUUUGUCUUGUACACCGUCUCUUCGUCACCAGCUGUCAAGAAUAGUCGCAUCUCCAAGCCGUCUUCUUCAACACCCAAGAACCGGAAGAAGGUCAUCAAGGAGGAAGAGGAUGCAGACAUGCCGCGUCACUUCGAUGGCGAAGAUGAGCUGCUAGGAGGAGGAGGAGGAGAAGGAGGAGACUUCAGCGUCGGACUCGACCAAGAAGAUCAUCUGGGCAGUGGUUUCUUGUCUUGAGUCCUGAAGUGAAAAGAUCUGUUACUGUACUGUCCAGAGAACAAACCUCAUGACGAACACACGAG